AUGAAGUCCACUUUCUUCUCUCUCCUACCCAUCGCGGGUGUUGCUGUUGCUGAGUCAGUCUGCACACAGAAGACUGUCACUACAACCGCAUACGAGACAGUCUACGAGACUGCAAAGCCCGCCCUGGUUGCUGACGCUACCGCCAGCCAGUCUGGCGCUUGCUCUUCCAGGAGCACUGUCUACACUACCACUUACGAGAAGGUGUAUGUCACUGUCCCUGCUGGUGCCGCUACUCCCGAUGCCGUCGAUGAGACAUCGACCUCGACAAGGACCACCGAUAUCUACACGACAGUCACCGUUCGCCCGACAGGUGGAUAUUUUGGCAACUUUUCCACCUCUGCUCUCUUCAAGCCAGAGGCGUCAUCGAGCGCACCUUCAUACCCUACCAUGAGCGUCGCGCCAACCACUUUGUUGGACUACUCUUCGCUGGCAUACACCCCUGUACCCCAGAGUGAAGCCUCCAAGUCUUACGAAGCCGCACAAUCCUCCGCCGCUAUGGUUCCCACAUCGGAAUCCAAGUCUUCAGCUGCAUCCACCUCCGCUGCUCCGGCACCGGCAGCUUCCAAACCAGUAUCAACCGUCGAAGAGUCCGCAAGCUCAGCUGCAGGGUCCAAGCGUGGCGAGGCCACUUUCUACGGUGGUAACACUGACGGUGGCAUGUGUUCCUUCACUGGAUACACCAUCCCCGCUGGUAUUUAUGGUACCGCGCUCUCCGAUUCCAACUGGGACAACGGCGGUAACUGCGGUGUCUGCGUUAGCGUAACAGGUCCGGAUGGAAACAAGAUCACUGCAAUGGUCACCGACCAAUGCCCUGGAUGCGGACCCAACCACCUCGACCUCUACCCUGAUGCCUUCGCCAAGCUUGCCGAGCCUUCCAAGGGCGUCAUCCCCAUCUCCUGGGAUGUCGUACCAUGUGGCAUCACCACACCCCUCGUCCUCAAGAAUAAGGAGGGAACCAGCAAGUUCUGGUUCAGCAUGCAAGUUAUGAACUCCAACAUGCCCGUCUCUAAGCUCGAGGUCUCCACCGACGGAGGUGCGACAUGGCAGGCCACCACUCGCAAGGAGUACAACUACUUUGAGAACCCAGCUGGUUUCGGUGCGGACAGCGUUGAUGUCAAGAUUACCAGCAGCGGUGGUAAGAGCAUCGUUGUCAAGAGCGUUAGCAUUGCUGCGAACAGCAAGAAGACUGCUGGUAGCAACUUUGCUUAA